UUGGACAAACAACGUAAAUUUAUAAUUUCAUUUAAUACAUAGAGAGUCAUCUUUUCAAACACAGGAAAAGAUUUAUUUUGUACGAGUUAGUCGUGAAAAAUCAAUUCCAACAUUGAGAUUUAAGUGCCAUAAAUAUUUAUUAUUUACAAAUUCAGUUUUAUAAAACGCGCCUGCAACGUUUAAUGUUUACAGCAAUGACGGUGCUCAGAAUGCAGAAUAUAUUUUAUGCAAAAUCGGAUUGAUCAUUCUUUUUUUUAUGAAAAAGAGUUAUCUUGUAAAAAAAAAGAAUAUAUAGUUAUCCCUUCUUCAGAAAAGGAAGAGUAAGCUGUGCUUCAGAAGAACUGGAAUGCAACCAGCCUACCUUGAAAACUGAUGCGUAUUCGCUAAAUAUAUUGACCCCAACUUUCUUUGUAACGAAUUUGAAAAAUACACUUUGUUCAUGUUCGUCAAUGUUGUUAAUUACUAUUUUAAAUUUGAAUACCUUCCCGCGCUUCUACGAAUUCAAAUGUUACUAAUUUCAAACGAUUAUUUGAAUAAUUAAAUAAUUAACUUUAUUUUAUUUAAUAUAUAAAAUAAUUUUACAUUGACAAACUUAAAGAACAUAUUUUUUAGAAGGAAUUGAAUUUGAAUACGUUCUAAAUGAUUUAAGCGUAAAUCACCUGACAAAGUAUUUCAACUUUUUUUGUGUCAUCCUAUUCUUUUUUUUUAACAUAUAUCCUCGGGUCUUUCCAUAGUUUUUCGCGCUUGAAGGUACAUAUAUAAAGCCGGUCCUGACCGACGCAUCUCAGUCAGUUCCCAAUAUGCCGCGAUUAUUACACUUGGUUCUUUUUCUCUUGGCAGUGGUGGUCUUGGUGGCCGCCUCAAAAGAUCCUUCGGAACCUGUCAACACAGAAGGUGAACCAUCUUUAAGUGACGCUAAUGAUUUAGAUGCUGAUGCAUCCUAUUGGGGGUACUCGAGACCAUGGCGUUACGGAUGGAGAGGAGGUUGGGGUGGAUGGAGAGGUGGUUGGGGCUGGAGAGGAAGAGUAUGGAACAGUGGAUGGUGGUGAAAAAUGGAUAAAGCUUCACAUUCUACGUUCUAAAAUUGUACUACAAUUUUUGUACUUUCAUUACCCUCGAUAUAAUUAUGUAUUUUGUCAUUUAAUCUCUCAUUAUUUUUAAAUAAAUCCUAUUUGCAAAUUUUAAA